AUGUCAAUUGUCAAAAAUAUUCAUCUCGGUUUUAAUCUCCCAUUUCUAAUUAUGUCGACUGGUUUUAAAAUCGAUCCAACGCUUACAUCAAUUGCUUAUUGUAAAAUACGCUACUAUUUAGCUCAAGCGACGCUACCUCAUAUGAUACGUACACUUGAAUGUGCUGCUAUAAUUGGCCAAUUUCUUGCUACUUCACGUCAAGUCUAUUUUCGUAAACAAAAUACACAUACUAUAGUACGUAUCUGUAUCUGUCUUAUUGUUCUCUUUUGGUGUCUGCAAGGCGUACCCAAUUUGAUCUUAUAUAAAAUUCAAAUUGGAUCAGCAAACCGCACAGCGGUCUGCAAUUCAUUUAAUAAGCGUUUGAAUGAUUAUACAACUUGGUUCUCGCGAAUUCUGUCCAUCUUUCUUUUUCCUUGUAUUGUUUUGCCAUUGUUCAGUUAUUUAACAUUGCGAAAUGUUCGUCGUGUAACAAACGCUACAAAUCGACAACACAAAAUAGAACGAGAUAUGUCCUUAUUACUGAUUAUUCAAACAACAUUUUAUGUGGUCAUUUGUAUUCCAUUUGGUAUUUGGACUUUAUAUGCAUCAUUUACGACAAACGUUCGGAAAGAUUCAAACAAAAUCGCAAUCGAACGAUUAAUUCAAACUAUAAUGUAUAUCAUAAUAAACAGCACUUUUGCGAACAGUUUCUAUCUUUUCUAUGCAACAUCUACAAGAUUUCGAAAACAAUUCAAGAUAAUAUUUCGAGCGGUGUUCUGUCGGGCCCAAAGAUCUGAACAUAAUCAACCAUUAUCGAGCACUAUCAAUAUUACCUGA